AUGGCCAGGUUCGGAUUGCCGGAUACCAUUGUAUCUGAUGGAGGACCUGCCCCUGCCUUUGUUAGCGAAAAUUUCAAGCAGUUUUGUAAAGAGUCUAGGAUUCGACACAUUUUGACCCCGCCCUAUCAUCCCAGCUCAAAUGGUCAAGCUGAGAGGAUGGUAGCAAUUGUUAAGAAUUGGAUAAGAAAGGCCGGCAAUCAGGGGAAUGGGGUGUAUUUGGCCCAGUUGUAUUACCUCAAUUCUAGGAAUAAGGAGGGAGUGACACCUGCUGAAUUGUUUUUGGGUCGGAGGACUAGGGUUCCCCUAGAUUUUCUAAGGGCCGAGAGUCACGAGAAGGGAGUUUUGGAGGACCGAAAGAUGAGGUUUGAAGUUGGAAAAAAAGUAUGGACUCGUUUGUUUGACGGGAGGGGCAAGAAAUGGGCCAAGGGCAUUGUUGGGGUAAACAGAGGUUCAAAGUUGAAUUUGAUUCAAUUAGAAAUGGGCGGCACAGUUAUGCGCCACAAUGAUCAUAUACGACCGCGGGAGUAA